AAUAAGCAUAUGUGCUUUGAUACACAAACUUGAUAUCUUGUAGAAGAAAGGCUGGGAUAAGUCUAUUUGUGUGAUGACAGGACAUGACGUGCUUUUUCUCCUGAGCUCAGAGUUGUGUUUUAAAAGGAGGAUUAGGAGUGUGCGCGGCUGGAAGUGAGUGUACACCUGCCAGAGGAAGGUCCAGAGUUGAUUGUGGCUCCACCCUGAAGAGCAGGUGCUGUUAUCAGCAGUAGGCAGGAUGAGUUGGGGAGCGCUAUACGCCCAGCUGGGAGGAGUGAACAAACACUCUACCAGCCUGGGAAAGAUCUGGCUGUCUGUUCUCUUCAUCUUCCGCAUCACCAUCCUGGUAUUGGCUGCAGAGAGUGUCUGGGGGGAUGAGCAGUCAGACUUCACCUGCAACACACAACAGCCCGGCUGCAAAAAUGUCUGUUAUGACCACUUCUUCCCCGUCUCACACAUCCGCUUCUGGUGCUUGCAGCUCAUCUUCGUGUCCACCCCAGCUCUUCUGGUGGCCAUGCAUGUGGCAUAUCGCAAGCGUGGUGUCAAGAGAGACCUCAUUGCGACUAGGGGUGACAAAGCAAACGAGGAGGACCUGGAGAGUCUGAAGAAGAAGCGCUUGCCUAUUACAGGCUCACUGUGGUGGACAUACACCUGUAGCCUGUUCUUCCGGCUCCUUUUUGAGGGUGGCUUCAUGUACGCUCUCUACUUUGUUUAUGAUGGUUUCCAGAUGCCGCGUCUUGUCAAAUGUGAGCAGUGGCCCUGUCCAAAUAAAGUCGACUGCUUCAUUUCACGACCAACAGAGAAGACGGUUUUCACCAUUUUCAUGGUGGCAUCUUCUUCCCUCUGCAUUGUUCUCAAUGUGGCAGAGCUGGCCUACUUAAUCGCUAAAGCAUUAAUGAGAUGUUCAGCUAGAACCAAGCGAAGGCACUCGUACGCACAUCCAGACCAUAUGUCUAAAGACAAAACUUAUAUGCAGAACAAAAAGAAUGAGAUGUUACUAUCACCAGCCUCUGAUUCCUCAACUAGCAAGUCUGUAUAGGACAUCCAGUGCUGUAUGAUUAUCAGUAAAGACCCCUGAGGACAUUUUAUGUUUUCAGUUAACUUGUUUUAUGUUGCCUAUGAUGAUAUAUAUACACAUGGUAUUGGUCAUAAAUGCCUAAAAACAGACCGCAGUUGUAAAAAUGGCAUUGUUUCUCACAUUCCACACUUCAUUAGUUUUCUAGUUCAGGCUAGAAAGACCAAUGGUGACACCUAGUGGUCAAAACAAAUAAAUGUUCAUGUUGACUUUGUUCUCGAAUGUAAUGUAAUUGAUCUGUUCUGUUUAUGGGCUACCUGACUGACAUUCCUUUUGCAUUGUCACAUAAGGCAGAUGCCUAUGGUUAUGCUGGUGCUUUAAGAUGUUUUUAUCAAUACAGCCAGUCACUUUCACUUUAGUCUAGCCUACCUUACACUGUCUGUAGACUACUAAGGAUGUGAUUGCAUAUAUCGGUUGCGCAGGCCUCUGUUGGUUCCUCCUUGUCUUCAUCUUUUUAAAUAAACUUCUUUGCGUUUUAGCUUUUUGAAUAAAUAUUUUUGAUUCAUUGAGUGAUAUUCUGUUUAUGGUGGAUCCAUGUUAUGUCCUAAUCAUUUUGCUUGUGUCAGAUCAUGUAAAAGGAAUUGUCAGCCCAUUCCAGCCUACAGAGUGCCUUACUAAACUGACUUUGUCAAAGUUGGUGUUGCUUUAGCCUGCAAUUAUGUACUAAAAUGUUUAAAUACCAGAGAAUAAUUUUGCACAUCCUGUUCUAAUGAUCAAGAAAUCCAGCUUCUCUUGGUGUUGUUCUGUGUAAGCAAAAGUUACUGACUGCUGCUCCACUGUCUAGUUUUAGCAAUGCCCUUGCACCGACCCCUACAGGACAUGUCAUAGCUAUCGGUUUACGACUGUGCCUUAUUAUAGUUUGUGAAUUUGCCUCCCUGUUCUCUGUUAAUGGUGAAGCUUUAAGAUGUUUUAAGCUUUAAGAUGUAGUAUAAUGUGAUGCAAAUGUCUUGAGCAUUCAAAAGUCAACAUGGGGCCCUGAGGGUCAGCCUACCUGUGGACAGGUGAGAGUGAGCAAUAGGGCACAUAGUUAGCUCUUCUGUUGCACGUUCUUUUUCACCACCAUUUGAGGUCACUCAGAAACGUCUUUGUACAUGUUCUGCAUUUUUUGUACAAUUAGAUUGCAGGAGAAAAUUAGCUGAUACCUUUAUAUUUUGCCAAAAUUGAGUGUCAUUUGCACAAUUGUGUUCUUGUAGUCUAUGUUUAACACCAUAAUAAAUUCUUACACACUA